GUGGGUGGUUGGCUCGUCCUCCUCCCCGCUUCGGGGCGGCCCGGCCUUCGCCGUCUCCUUCCCCGGGCUGGCAAAGCCGGACGGAGCCGCCCAAGCUGCCCUGGAGGGGAAGGCGGAGGCUGGAUCGGAGCAGCAUGGCGUGCUACAGCGGCGAGUACUGGGUUUCUGAAGAUGGGCUACCUGAACCAAGAAAGUGGCAACCACUGAUGUCUAGGAAGUGCACAGACCCCCUUUGGUUAAUUAUAUUCUUUUUCUUUUGGUCAGGUUUGAUGUUUAUAACAGGCUAUGCUGUAACGGCUGGAGCUGCAGAAAGACUUGUCUUUGGAUAUGACAGCUAUGGAAACAUAUGUGGGCGGAAAAAUACUCCAGUGUUAGGUGCACCUUUGUCAGGCCAAGACAUGAGAAACAAAAAAUUUGUGUUUUUUCUGAAUUCAUGCGGGCUGGAAAUAAAAAAUCUUAAAAUUGAUUCAGUUGCGUUGUGUGUAUCAGGCUGUCCGCAAGAGCAGCUUACGUCCUUGGAAGAAAUUCAACGUUUUGCAAAUAAUAAUGGUUCUUGCCUCUGUGUUUACAGUUCUAAUGCCAGCGAUUGUAUACCUAGUUCCAGAGCUCCUGAACUUUGUCCAGUUUUGCCGGUUCCACCAAGCCUAUCUUUCCCAUUGUUUAAUCGAUGUAUUCCGCAAAAUGUCGAGUGCUACUCCCAGUUUGCAUCAGUAUUGAUAAAUAUGGUUAAUGAAGUGGAUAUUUUCCAUCGUAUUCUUGGUGGGAUUAUGACAGGAAGAGACACUGUAAUUGGACUGUGCGUCCUUGCACUAGCCUUCUCAGUAAUAAUGAUGGUAGUCUUCAGGUUCAUCAGCAUGCUUCUGAUUCGUAUUUUUCUUACACUGCUUGUGUUUGGAUUAUUAUUUGUUUCAGGAAUUAUGUGGUGGCUAUAUUAUGAUUACACCAAUGAACCCAACAUAGAAUUAGAAACUGAAAAAGAAAAUAUGAAAUUAUUACUUGGUCUUUCUAUUGUAUCUACGCUUAUUACGGUUAUUUUAAUUUUCCUGAUACUCACAUUAAGGAAGAACAUUCACCUGACUAUACACAUGUUCCAAGUUGCCAAUAAAAUAACUGGCAAUGUCCCUUCUGUGUUCUGGCAGCCUCUUUGGACUUUCAUAAUACUAAUUUUAUUCUGGGUGUACUGGGUAGCUGUGUUACUUAGCUUAGGAACUGCAGGUGAUGCCCAAGUCAUUUCAAGAGGUCAAGUAGAAUACAAAAUCCGGUUUGGCAUUCGUUACAUGUGGUGGUACCAUUUGGUUGGGCUUAUCUGGACAAGUGAAUUCAUUCUAGCAUGUCAGCAGAUGACUGUGGCUGGAGCGGUGGUUACUUGCUUCUUCAAUCGAAAUAAGAGUAAACCACCAAGUCAUCCAGUCCUGUCUUCCAUAUCCAUUCUUUUUUGUUAUCAUCUGGGAACAGUUGUGAAAGGGUCCCUUAUAAUCCCAAUAGUGAGAGUCCCAAGGAUAAUUCUAUUGUCUGUUUCUGACAUCUUGAAAAAAAAGGAAAAUGCAUGUGCAAGGUGCAUGUUCAAAUGCUGUUGUUGCUGUUUCUGGUGCCUUGAAAGAAGCUUAAGAUACUUACACCAGACAACAGAAACUUCAGAUAACCUGUGGGAGGUAGAAAUUAUUGAGACCUUGGUGCACAUAAUUUUAAAAUGUCACAUAUAUAGGCUCAAACAUAUUCAGUAUCUUGGUUCAGUCAUGCCAUAUUCUUUUAUUUUCAUACAGGUGUUUGUGGUAUGUUUCACAGUUUUUGGAGGCUUGAUGGCAUUUAAUUAUCACCGUGAUCUACACGUUUGGGUAGUUCCAUUGCUGCUGAUAGCCUUCUUGGCUUAUCUUGUGGCACACGGCUUUUUAUCAGUAUUUCAGACAAUAUUAGAUGUCUUAUUCCUUUGCUUUGCUGUUGACAUAGAAACAAACGAUGGCUCUCCAGAGAAGCCAUAUUUUAUGAACCAGGAAUUAAUGAACUUAAUCCGUAUUGGAGGGUGGUUCUCAAGUUUGAUAGCCUUCUUGGCUUAUCUUGUGGCACACGGCUUUUUAUCAGUAUUUCAGACAAUAUUAGAUGUCUUAUUCCUUUGCUUUGCUGUUGACAUAGAAACAAACGAUGGCUCUCCAGAGAAGCCAUAUUUUAUGGACCAGGAAUUAAUGACUGUUGUGUAUCAGAGCUGCAAGCUUGCACAAGAGAUCAAGCAUAAAAAUAAGAAAACAGUGCAUAAUAGUGAAUAUGGCACAGAACUUCAACCUAUGACAAGAACGUGAGACAGCUUUAAAGCUAUGAUCUGCAUAACAGCAGCAACAAAAGUGAAUUGAAGAAAUUAUGUCCUGCCUUGGGUUCU